GCCAUUGAAAUUCAAAUUUAAUAUAAUGCUCUUUUUUUUGCAGAAAACUAUGGAGAACCUGCAAUGCCCUUUUUGUCAAGCACAAGGAUUUGAAUCACUUGAUGAGAUAUUUCAGCACUACUUUUAUUGUGGGCCACCUGCAGCACGGAGCACACCAGAGAAGAUAGCACUUACACAGGCAAUUGCAAUAACAUCUAUGCAGGACCAGUCAAUGGCGAAUCUUGGCCACGCACAAGCUGAAUAUGAUGAGAGCCCUACGGAGGAUAACCUUAAACGUCUCAACGAUGCUAUGUUAACUAAGUUGAGUUUGGACAACUGGCAUGUUCUAGCACAUCUUGAGCAUGCCGCUGCUCAGGACCAACAAGAUGCUGCAGCUGCUGAGCCAGAGUCCGAGUCUGAGGAGGAGAAUGAUGAUGCAAAUGCAGAUGGGACUGGAGCAACUGCUGAUGAUGUUAAUGAUGGGGAUGAGACUGGAGCAACGGCUGAAAAAGAUGAUGACGAUGAGGAUGACAAUGAUACUGAUGUUGAGGAGGCUGCAGAUGCAUCUGGUUCUGAAGAUGAUGCAAAUGCCUCUAGUGCCGAUCAUGAUACUGCUUCUGGUGGUGCUGAUACCUCUGGUGCUGAUGAUACUGAUGAAGAUGAUUGAGUCUUUCAAAAAACUAUAUUUGGAUAUCUUGUUAUUAUUUACUAUGAACUUCUUGUGCUAAUUAUUAUUAUUAUUAUCUACCCUAUGAACUUCGUGUGUUAAUUAUUGUAUUAUUAUCUACUCUAUGAACUUUGUGUGUUAAUUAUUGUUUGAAAUUAUUAUUAGGUACUUCUUGUGUUAAUUACUGUUUAAACUUUUAUUACUUAUUCUGUUUGAACAAUCAUAUCUAGAAUAUCAUCCUGGCUCAAAGAAAUUAGCUAAUCUCAGUGAUUAGCUAAUCUCAGUGAACAAAAGAAAAGAACUUAGCAUUCCUAAAAUUUAUAGCAGAAUCUUAAGGAAUAAAGUAAAAAAGUGAGAGGUAGAAAUUUGUGUUAAAAAUUUAAGGAGAUAUGAAUUGAAAGGUAGAAAUUUUGUGUUAAAAAUUUAAGGAGAUAUGAAUUGACAACAGAUUUCAACAACAAAAAAUCAAAAAAGAAAGCUUCAAACCACAAAAAAAAAAAAAUUAAAAAAAAAAUUAUGUAAUAAACAUUAAAAGAAAUUAUUUAUUAAAACCAAAUUCUACCAAAAACACAAAAAAUAAAAAAGAAGCUUAACAAAAUAUAAAUCAAAAGAAAUAGGUGAAACAUUGGAUGAGGAACAUAAAAAACAAAUAUAAUAUUAAUUGAGUAAACGAUUAUAAACCUAAAGAUUAUUUUUGAUAUAGAUCUUGGCUUUUGAGUAUGUAUUCUUUGACAGAGAGAAAGAGGGGCUCUA